AUGUUGAGCCCUACUUUUGUUCUGUGGGAUGUUGGAUAUCCCUUGUAUACCUACGGCUCCAUCUUCAUCCUUAUCCUACUUCUCUGGCAAGUGAAAAGGAGUCAACAUGGACUGACAUUGGAAUCUAAAAGGAGCUGCUGCCAGCGUCACCGAAAAGUCAGGCAGAGGGCCAGAGAUGCAGCAUCAAGAGCUAGGAGACUUUCCCAGGAAGAAGCUGAGAAGCCGUGGGAGCUGAUCUCAGUCAUGAAAAGCCAGGGCUGGCUUCCCGAGGAGGAGGGUGUGCGGCGGCUCCUGUGCACGGAUCGCUCCUGCCAUGUCUGCAAUUCCGCGGCUCUGGAGAUUCUCCAGCUGCUGGAGGGUGAGCACGUCCAGGUCUCCCCCUCUCCACCAAGGCCACCUCAGGACUCCUCUUGUCUGGAGAUCGUGUCCACAUCCAGUGUGUCCUUGGGACACAGUCUGGAGCGUCACACGGAGCACUCUGGAGAGCUUUCACUGGGACCUGUAAUCCCAGCAGUGGUACAAGUCACAGAGUCAGAAUUCUUAACCCAGUCGGCGGUCCGAUCAGCAAGUGCAGUCAGCAUCCGAGAAUACUGGGCUGACUUUGACUACCUCCAGCUAGAGCAGGAAUGUCAAGUGCCAGCGAUGAUCUUGGCUUCAGAGGCCAUGGCCUCUUCGGGGCUUGAGGAGCCCAGCGUGCCAGAGCAGCUGCAAGAGACGACGGGGCACUUCUCCAACCUUGUCCGUGAGGAAGAAGAAUACCAGCAUUUGAAGUCCCAGGUCUCUUUGCUGUCCCUAAACCCAGAGGUCACCAGUUUGACACAUCCCAUGGCCUUUCAUAUGGAUGCAGUCCUCACUGUCCACUUGCCAUUUCUUAGUCCUAAAAUACUGAGGCUUCUUGAGGUCCAUGUGAAGAAAUGGAUGCAUUUCCAGAGGUGGGGGCUCCCGAGGCGUGUGGAGGAGUCCCUGAAGCAGCUUAUGCCAAACCCACCACUGCUUUGGGAACCUGGAAAAAAGCCAUCAUUUUCCUAUGUCCUGAAUAAUACUUCUAAGAUCUCUAUUGAAAAAAUUAGUACCGUUUACCACCAGACCUGGGGUUUAUGUAUGACUGGCCAACCCACACAGACCUUCUGGGUUUCUGAAUGGUCCCUUCCAGACCCAGAACAAAGUCACCACAGCGAGACACUGCAAAGCCCUGUGGUCCUAGCUUUAUACACAUCAGACACUAAAAACCCAAGUGGCCUCUGCUCACUCCCUGAGGGACAAACCUGGGACUCAGAGAGCCAACAGCAACAGAAACACAGCCAGCUCUUCUGUGGCCUCCCUUCCCUGCACAGCGAAUCCCUCGUUACCACUUUCCUGAGCCCUCCAGGACUCUCCAAGGCUCAGAACAUGUCCAGACCCUCCUUGAAGGACCAUUUUCUAUUCAAGGAGCUUUUUCGUCUCCGCCUCAUACCCAAAACCCCACCCCUGUCAGCGGAACCCUCUUGCUCACCUUCCCCAAAUUGGGUGGCUCCAUCUGACCAUCAACAAGCUCAGUUCAACGUCCCAUUUCUGACUCUGGCUGAGUAUGAAACCUUGGAAUGGCACCUGCUGCAGAGGCAGCUCCAGCUUCAAUGGGGCUUGCCGGCUGCCUUCCGGAAAUCUCAGCAUGCCCAGAGCCCCAAGCAGUAUGAGUCCUAUGGCAAAGCCCACUCUCCAGAGCCUCUGAAAACUUGCUGGUCGGCAAAGCCUGUCUCAGUCCUCACCAGGGAACUGCUCUUCUUCCCGGAAAAUGCCCGGAGGAUGUUGGAAUUCCAUCUCCAGAAGCAGCUGAUUCACCACCGCUGGGGUCUGCCCCAGAAGAUCCAGCAGUCCAUCCAAUUGCUCCUUUCCUCCACUGACCAGCAGGCGCUGGCCUGGAGCAGCGAAGAUCUACCCGAUGAGAGUGCACCCCAGACCAUAGCCCUAGACACCAACAGGGCCGGUGACCUGCUCUCACCCAUUGUGACCCCAGUAUUGAUCCCCAUGCCAUACUUGUUCACCCAGGCCAAGGCAAUGUUGCACAGCCACAUCAACUCUAAGUGUGCACAGAUCCAACAGGGCAAGGUUCCUGCGCGUGUCUAUAGCUCCUGGAACUGCAGAAUUCCUGGGGGCCUGGCAGUGGUUCCCUUUUCCUGCAUUCCAGAAGUCCAGCCCCUGGAGCUGCAGGAAGCAACUGACCCUGACCCACAUCACGAAGUCAUACCCUGGAUGCCAACAGAGCUUGAGCCACAGCAACAGGCCCUACCACGUCCUGUCCCCAGACACCGUAAGCUGCCCCAAGCCCUGUCUGAGGAAGUCAUUGAGAAACUGGAGACGACUUUACGGCACAAGUACCUGGCCUUCCUGUCGGGGCUGCCUGCUCUUUAUUAUGUGGCUCUCUCCAGGGCCACGUCCCCAGCCAUCACUAGCCAAACUAUAAUCACAGAGGUGGUAUCUGGGCCUAUCGAAAUCCCAGCAGAGCCUCCGACUCAGAUGAUUUCAUUUCAACAACUAGGUUUGGAUCUUGAGCCGUGCUUUCCAGAUGAAGUGAUGGAGAUGGUGCUUCUAGAAAACCAGCCACAACCUGCUAACCCCUACUCAAUCAAGACGCAUAUUUUGACCAAACUAAACUUCCACCUGAGAAAAAAGAUCUUAGAGAUACAGUUGGGAAUUCCUGCCAGGGCAAGGGAGUCCAGGGAAGAAACUGCCACAAAUCCAGAGAACAUGUACCUCCAAGAGUCUCUUGGGAAUCUCAACAACCAAGAAAACGCGUUGCUCCAGGAACCACCCAUCCCACCAGACACGCUUCCCGUCCUAGAACCAGAAUGGGUCCUCUUUAAGGAGCAGCUGGCCACUGAGUUGAAGGCAAUGCAGCAGAACCCAAAGCAACCUACUUGCAAAGAAGUGCCCCACGGUUCUGCCCCCUGGGCCUCCAGGAUCUCACAGCCCAGUGGGGACACGACGGAGACCCAGGUGCUUUGUGUUCAGGUGGAGGCCAGUGAGAACAACCCCAGCCUAGAGGAAUCCUGGAGCCCUGAGCCCCAAAGCCUGGGCAAGAGCAAGGACUCAGCCCCACUCCGCAUGAUGCCUAAGAAGAGAGAGGACUCAGGGACACUCAAAGGAGCAGGAGACCAUGGGGAAGGAGAUGCAGGGCUUGGGCCCUCCUUACCCAGAGAAGAAAGACAUUCUGUUGAAGAGCAGAGGGCAGCAGGGAUGCCUCUGAACAGGACACCUCGAGGCUCCUGGCGACAGAGCCAUAGCUUUCAUUUUGCUGAUCCCUGUCAACACAGACCCCAGAAUCACCCUCAGCUUAAGGCCCCAGAGCUGCCUCCAGGAGUCUCUGCGGCAAAAGCAUCAGAGAAUGACCUGCAAGCUAGUCACACCAAGCUUAAUGUUAUUCUCCAACCAGCAAGGAUUCUUGAGAAUGCCCAGCUUGUGCUGGCCCAGGCUCCCCAUAGCCAGCCUCUCCGAGGCCAACUGAUUCAGGGGAAAGCUUUGCAGGGCCACACGUGGCAAAGUCUGCUUUUUGAGGGGCAGGUGAAGCCAGCCCACCCGCACAAGAGGCCCAGCCCUCCAGAGGCCAGCUUGUUAAAUAAGAUGAAAUCCUUUCUGUAUUCUUUUAACUCCAAGACGAAAGGCAAAGGGUGUUUGGAAUCCACAUUUUCUGCAGCUGAGAAAGUGGCCAAAAGCAGAAAAGAGAAUGCUGAGAAGAGCCUGGCUCCAGCCAGAAGCCCCAAGAGGAGAACUAAGAUGGACAAGCCAGCAGGGCACCCCAAGGGCCAAUCAUGCCCCACGGAGAAGCUGGGGGGCUCGGCUUUCCUGAGGGUUUCCCAUUCCCCAGACACUAAGCUCCGGCUGCGCUCCCAACACCAGGGCUCUGCCUCAGUCCCAGCCCUUCCCCGCCAUUGCCCUCGGCACUGUCCUCGAAUGGCCCGUGCCACCCAACCAGGGAACACUUUUAGCUCCCAGUCCUAUCUCAGACCGAAACACUGGUCUGCCCACGUGGAUGAGAAGUAAGAACCUAUAGGUGCCCCCAAUCCCCACAUCCGUUGAGGAGGACUGCUAUUGUCAUUUCCAUUAAGGCACAGGUGGGCAGAACCCCACCCAAAAUAUAUUCUAUGUGUCU